AUGGGUUCUGAAGAUAUUAUGGAACCUUCAACAAGCGAUACUACGGAUAAUCAGCAAGUAUUAUAUCGAAAAAAAGUGACGUUCAAAAGCUGUGGUAUGGAGUAUUUUACGAAGGGUUCAGCUGCUGAUAAAUAUGGACAUUAUAGUGCAACUUGUGUAUGUUGUGGACAGAGUUGGUUAAGAGGCAAACCAAAAGUAAUGGAAAGCCAUCUUGCAUUACAUUGUGAGAAAGUUUCUGAUUAUGUUA